AUGAUAUCAUUUUUCAUUGUCAACGAUGGGCUUUGGUCAUUGGCAUUCUUCUUGGUCCUAAUUCUUCUGUCUCACUCCAGCACACGGGUCACUAAAUCGGCUGAAGAGUUGGCUCCUAUGAUUUACAAGAUGAUGACCCUGGACUUGGACCCAAGACUGAAGAGACAGUUGGAGAUCUUUUUGGUGCAACUAUCCAACAGCCACGUAGGAUUUUCUGCCAGAGGGUAUUUUCAUAUUAACAACGAAAUGAUAACAUCGAUUGUUGGAAUGGUGACCACAUAUCUUGUAGUGCUGAUACAGUUCCAUACUGCGGUCUCGUCUACCCAGCACUGAAGUAUUCAUUGGAUUCUGCUUCACAUACUAAUGAAUAUUUGAAAUAGAUGUCCAGCUUGCAAGUAAAUACUACAUUAUCUUA